AUGCCACACCGUCAUAUAUCCAAUCUUCGCCAAUGGCUCCUCUCCUCGCCGCCCGCAGAAUGGGCCCUCAAUCAACUGCGUGAACUCUUAAUCGGUGCUCUCCGCCAGGGCCCUGUGCCUAAACAUGUUGCGUUUGUCAUGGAUGGGAAUAGACGAUAUGCAAAGAAUAACAGGAUCGAGACCGUUGAAGGACAUAAUUUGGGUUUUGAGGCAUUGGCAAAGAUCCUGGAAGUGUGCUAUAAAUCUGGUGUGCACACCGUAACGAUAUACGCCUUCAGCAUCGAGAAUUUCAAGCGCAGCAAAUACGAGGUUGAUGCCUUAAUGUCCAUGGCUAAAAUCAAGCUAAAGCAGCUUGUGCAACACGGCGAGCUGUUGGAUCGAUACGGUGCGAGGAUACGAAUAUUAGGCCAACGAGAGUUAAUCAAGCCGGAUGUCCUCGAGGCGGUGGAUAAAGCAGUCGAAAUGACCAGCAGGAAUGAGGGGAACUGUGUCCUGAACGUCUGUUUCCCCUAUACCUCGAGAGAAGAAAUUACGAGUGCGAUUCAGAGCACGGUGGAGGAAUGGACAACGCCAUUGCCAGAGGAUAUCCACGGCAAGGGGAGAAACAGCACUUUUAAGGAGGAGAGAAUAGCGAGCACCAUUUGGUCCGAACAGUUUUCACAACACACAGCAUCGACAUCGACCACAUCGAGAACAUAUUUGUCGCCCACUGGGGCGGAUAUGCGAUCACCUUCAUCGAGCACCACGAGCUUGUCAUCUUAUUCGCCCGACCAGUCUGAUCGUGACCACGACGCCUCGUCAGUGUCAACCGCAACCACCCUUCACCACGAUGAUAACAACACGUCGCCCUCACCACCACUGCGCCCACUAACGACAUCCCAAAAGUCUACUCAGCAGACUCCACAGUAUCCUUCGCCUGAGCUAAUCACUCCGGCGACAAUCACCUCGCACACAUACACAGCCAGUUGCCCACCCAUUGACCUGCUCAUCCGCACAUCGGGGGUGUCGCGGCUCAGCGACUUUAUGCUCUGGCAAUGCCACGAGUCGACGCAGAUUGUAUUUCUGGACGUGCUGUGGCCCGAGUUCGACUUAUGGUCAUUCCUGCCUGUGCUGUGGGAGUGGCAGUGGCGCAAACGGCGCGAGCAAAGAGAUGCCCAAGAAAGCGAAGGACGGGCAGAAGACAAGAGGAGAGGGAAAUCAUCUAGCGCCAGUAAAGCGAGGAAAGCUAGUGGUAUGGCCCAGGUUCACGUUUCGUGA